AUGGCUUUCAGGGCAGCGAAAAAUUUUCCAAUUACGUUGGUUGAAUUGGGAAGUGGAAGGCGAGCAUUUACCAGUCCGACGACUCCAAAAAUGAAGCCGGUGUCCCGAGUGAUGGAUGCUGAUCAUCAUAGCUCGAACUCUGGAAUGAGUGUGAAGGCAGAGCUUGCACCAGUGUAUAUAGUGGGCGGAAUGGUGUGUGUGGCUUUGGCGAUUGCGUCGCACACUGGGUAUCAACAACUGGUGCGGUCUCCACAAGUUCACGUGAACAAGAAAAGAAGAGAAACAGUACCUGAAGUCUCCGAUCCUGAUCGCACCAUGAACUCCGCCGCCAAAUUCAUCGACGGUUCAUUCUUAAGGAAAGUCUCUCACAUUCAAGAAAACAAGGCCACACUCAACGAUCCCAUCCACCCUAAUCCUUUCACUCGUCCUCGAACUGUCGAGACAUUGAAGACAGUCGGCGUUGAACCCGCCAGACGUUGA